GGUGGCGCUAGUAGGACGAAGAAUGUUUAAAGAUGUCGAGCGUUAGGCAGAUUCCUUUAACUUGCAGCGGACACACGCGGCCAGUUGUCGAUUUGGCUUUUAGUCAAAUUACUCGUUCUGGCUACUACUUAAUCUCCGCUUGUAAAGAUGGAAAACCAAUGCUCAGACAGGGAGAUACCGGAGAUUGGAUAGGUACUUUUUUCGGUCACAAGGGUGCUGUAUGGGGCGUGGCAUUAAAUGCUGAUGCCACACGUGCUGCUACUUCAGCAGCAGAUUUCAUGGCUAAAUUAUGGGAUGCUGUUACUGGAGAAGAGUUAUAUAGUUUCACUCAUCAACACAUUGUUAAAAGUGUUGAUUUUAAUAACGAAGGAAAUAAAUUACUUACAGGAAGUAAUGAAAAAUUAAUUCGUAUCUUUGACUUAAACAAACUUGAUGCAGAUCCAGUUAUAUUUAAAGGCCAUUCUUCAGUAAUAAGACAGUCUCUAUUCCUUAAAGAUGACAAAAGGAUUGUAAGUGCUUCUGAUGAUAAAACUGUCAGGUUCUGGAACCGAAGUGAUAAAGAAGAAAUAAAGAAAUUAGAAUUUUCGGCAGCUCCUAGCAGUUUAGAGUUAUCGACCGACGGAAAGAUACUUGUCAUAACACAUGGUCACACAGUCAGUUUUUGGGAUACUGAAAGUUAUGAGAAAUUGAAGACUUUCGAUAUUCCCACACAAGUUAAUUCGGCUUCCCUACAUCCUGACAAAUCUGUUUUCGUAUGUGGAGGAGAAGACUUCAAAAUGUACAAGUACAAUUAUCGGACGGGAGAAGAAUUAGAAUCAUUUAAAGGCCAUUUCGGACCCGUUCACUGUGUCAGAUUCUCUCCCGAUGGCGAGCUGUAUGCCAGCGGGAGUGAGGAUGGAACCCUACGACUCUGGCAGACCACAGUGGGCAAGACAUACGGCCUGUGGAAGUGCAUUCUUCCCGGUGAAUCUGUGGCCAAUUAUGAGGCGGGAGAUGGAGUGGCGUCAGCCUCUGACCCUCCUCUAGUCAAAUCAGAUGCGUAGUCAAAAAAAAAAAAAGUCUGUCUUUGGGACCGAACAAUAGUUCUGCCACAGGACGGAAUCUUUUUUGUACUGCGGCUAACAAUGUAACAUCUAGUUGUCGACUGUAUAAUCAUAAUGUAUGUAUAUAGAAAUAUUGGUUACGUAAUUAAAUAUUUUCUUUACACAAAA